AUGAAGAUCUUCGGCGACCGUCCUAGGUCAACAUCCUCGACACAGCCUAAGGAGUCGACCCAAGGGGUUCGCGUGCCGAGGACGGUGGAGGUGGUCGCCGCGGUGGCAAAGGCGAAGAAAGCGCCUAUGAAGAGGACCCUUGUCACCGAGCGGUCGAUCCCUGCCAAAGGCCCCCACCAAGGGGCCCCUCGUCCUUCUAAGCGCGUCAAGAAAUUGGCGAAGAAGGGCGACCGGGAGAUUCAUGUCGUCCCCAGUGACACUACUGGGACACCCGCUUCUGCCGGCUCUCCAUCUGUGCCGGCUGCCCAGGCACCUCCAACCUCGAAUCCUCCAGCCGUCUCUCAGGCCGAUCCAAUCGUCGCACCCGCAUCUGCUCAUACUUCAGAGCCGGUCGUGGCGCCCAAAAUGGGGAAAUCGGCUGCUCCUGUCGAAACACCCCCGACUCCAACGGUCGUUUUGGAGGAUGUCGAGAGCGAGAGCGAAGAGUUCCCCCUGGAACGCCGUCGUCGACCAGUCAGCUCUCCUCCCGUCUGUCCUUCUCCGGUUGUCGAGGCGGCCACUCGACCGACUCCUCCAGUGGCGGAUCGUGGCAAGAGACCCAUGGCCGACCCUGAGGCCACGGCCGAGUCGCCGAUUCAUCCGCAGGAUGCAGAUCUCCCCAUUCCUCCGCAGGAAGUCUCUUCGGCCUUUCCGUCGUGGGAAAUGGAGCUUGACGCUCUACUCCAGAGCACGACCGGUGAGGCCGGCUCCUCUGCUGCUCUGGCCGAAUCGGUGGGAGCCACGCCCGCCGAAGUCUUCGUGAAGCUGCACGAAGUUUUGUCUCUGACUGCUUCUCAAGCUCUUCGGUGCAAAGGCCUCGACUCUGUUGGAGAGUGUCUCAAUGACCUCGCCAGCGGUGGUCAUCUGAGCCCGGAGGGUAUCUCUUUCCUUACCGACCUCUUGGAGCGAACUCGGCAACACUUUCUUGUCUUCGAGCGAGCCUUGCAGGCCGAGGACGACUUGAAGGUGGCCAAGGUCGCGCAUGAGGCCGGCCGAGUGGAGAUGGAGGCACUCAAGGCGAAGAAAGCCAAGCUGUCCGAGUUCGAUCGCCAGAUCUCUGACCUCCAACGUCAGAUUUCUGACCUUCAACGGCAAAGGUCGGCCGCUGCUUCUGAGCUUGAGAAGGACUUUGAGGCCAACAAGACUCGGCUAACGGCCUUCGCUGCCGUAUAA